CUUUUUAAUUUUCUGUCGAAUUAAUACCAGAAUUAAUACCAUACAUACCGUAUACAAAUCAAAAUCAGCUGUGACAUUUUUAAAAUGUCUAAAUUUGCGGCAGCAGGUUCUCAGCGUCUUCAAGAAGCUCCAUCGCACGCGGCAAUACGUGUUUGAUGGCGACGUUCGGGCCCUAGAAAUGGCGCGUAAGAAAAUUAACGACGAAUUCCGGGGGAACCGAAUCGUGACAGACCAGGAAGUUAUUCAGAGCAAGAUCAAACUUGCGGAGGAAUGUGCCCACGAGCUGCGCUCGAAUGUGAUUCAGGCCCAGCAACGAGAGGACGGCGUAUAUGAGCUCCGCAUAACGCCAGAGACUACGCGAAUGGACAAUAUAGUCUUCAAUCCGGAUGCCAUCAUUGAGCCGCCACGAAAACGACGCGGGGCUAAGGCCACAGAAGGCUGCUGUGGAGGCGCUGCGAUGGCGGCGCUUGAUGCGGAGGUGGCGGCUCCUAAGAAAUAGAAUUAGAAACAUUUUAGAUGUAGAUGUAAUCAAAAUCCUGUGUAUGUUAGAGUCGAGAAAAUCGCUUUAUUUUA